AUGUUUCUCAGACAUUUGGUGUUUAUAGCCCAUGGCGCGGCCCACCACUGCCAAUGUUUCGACGAAAUUGCUACCAAACUCGCCCAACUUAACAACUACGUGUUUGCCCACGAUCAUAUUGGACACGGCAGGAGCGAGGGUCGCAGAAUGCAGGUUGACGAUUUUUCUAUUUACCUCGAUGAUGUUAUGAACCACAUUGAAAGAGUCAAAAAAGAUUUCAAGGAUGUUCCAUGCUUCAUAUUAGGAUAUUCCAUGGGAGGAACGAUGGCCAUCCUAUCAUCGUUGAGGUUUCCAGAUGUCAUCAAAGGGAUGGUUCUGAUUGCACCACCAUUCAAUGUUAAUUCAAUCAUCUCAAAAUAUAAGCUCUUGUUGUACAAAACGAUUUGUCCCCGAGCUUAUGUUAUUAAUUUUGAUUUUGAGUUUAUGAUCAAAGAUGCGGAAGAGCUUAAGAAAUACAAAGAAGAUGAAUUGAUUUGGAAAGGUAAAUUCACAGCUAGAUUUUUGAAUUGUGCUAGGAAAGCCUUCGAGGCUAGCAUGGUGAAAGAAAUAAAAUGUCCUUAUCUCCUGAUGCAUGGAAGCAAUGAUGUGGCGUGUAACAUUGAGGAAUCGCAAAAGUUUUUUGAUCUUUCUUCCUCUGAAGAUAAAACUUUCAAGAGAUACGAAGGAGGGUACCAUCAGUUGUUCACUGAAGGAGAAGACGUCAUCAGUGACAUCAUUCAGUGGAUCAACAACAGAUGA